AUGUUGAGUAUCCUGAUACAGAAGUGCAUAGAUAAAGAAUUUCACUGUUUGAAAGAUGUCGAAGACGCCUUAAGCCAACUUACGAGGCUGACAACUGUGAUUCGAAAAGCUGGAUCUCAGUCACGAUUUCGGAAGGCAGACAGUACUUUUGAUCCGACCAAUCCUCAAAUCCAAGCCUUGCGUCGACACCUCGAACUUCUUCUUCUAGCGCGAUCAGACCCGCAUGGUCAUUCAGACUCUAGCUCCCAAAAUCUCGCGCGGGGAAACUUGACCACUCUACAAUCGCACUUGAUCAUGUGCAACUUGAUACGACGUAAUCGUUUUCUAUAUGCUCAGCGACAUGCUCAAAAGUUAGGACUUGGUUCGGACAUCUCAAGUACUCCAAGGGAGAACUAUAGACGGGAGACGCAGCCACUGCAGCAAGAAGCUGGUCUGCUAGUUCUGCCCUCUGAGCAACAGAGAGUUGGGGAAAAUGAUGAGCCGCCGGGACCGAGUGUUACAACCGCUACAGCAGUAGACGAGCCCAUAGUGACCCUGCCAAAGCAACCUGGACGGUCUGCAACCACAGUUAUAUCAGCCACUGGCUCGCGAAUUGCCUACCCAAGCCCUCCGCCCAUCAGAAUCCAUCAAAUGGUCUUUUCUUGUCCGUGUUGCUGUCAGUCCCUUCCUGUCGCAGUAGCGCGGGGCAACCACUGGAACCACAUGAACGAGCACCACAGUGGUUCAGACCAAUGGAUGUGUCAUAUAUGCACCCAGAAGAAUAUAUAUGCUAGCUUCACGAUCUCCGACGACUUUGUUGAGCAUCUCGAACACCAGCAUAGUGAAGGAAUCGAGCCUCGACAGAUACCUAUGCUGAUUUUGGCUUGGCGGCGUAAGGCUCCUCCCAAAUUUACUUCUUGCCCACUUUGCACCUUCGCGGGUGAGGAGGAGAAGGCUGUUCUUGACCAUAUUGCGGAGCAUAUUCAUUCAUUUUCACUGAGGUCUUUGCCGUGGGCCCCAGCAGAAGGCUCUUCAGAACCGGAAGGGAAGAACGUAAAAUAUGGAGCCUAUUUCGACGAGCAUCCUUAUUUCGAGGUUCACAGCUGUGUCUCAGACAAGUCGCCCAGUUCGACGGGGGUGGCACCCUUGGCCACACAGUUUAGCGAUUUCGAAUUAGAAUCAGACGCCGAGGGUCAAGCUAAUUCGAGACCUAAUGAAGGAAAAAAUUUGUCGAACGACCAUGUCUACCAGAUCGCAGACAACAAUUCGAUAUCAUCAGAUUUAACUCAUUGGCUGGAAAGGCUAGAAGGUGACUUAAACCAGUAUCAGCGUUCCUUAUUCAGCACGAGCGAUUACAACAUAGCGUGGAUUUGUCCUACACGCUUGGUAUAUACUGCCGCCCGGACAUUUCUUGACCAGGCACAAGAUCCAUCUGGUCAUUUAGUGUCUCUUAAUACGGCCUUUCACACCUUGGGAAGCAUUGGAAAGCGUCGUAUACUUAUUGCCACUUGCAGAGACCAGGAGUAUGAUGAAGUUGGCUCGCCUCUUUCAUCAGAUGUCAUAUCGGAUGUGCUCCUCCAUUAUGACAAUAUCUGCAUAUUUAUGAUUAUCGGCCUUGGCAGCGGUUUGCCGACUCCGAAAAAUGACAUUCGACUGGGUGACAUUGUCGUCGCUGUUGGCCCAGAGGAGCAUCUUGACUUUGCUACUCCCAUGCCACAAUCCGAAACUCAAGCUGGACUUCAACUUAUAGGGGGUUGGCUGAAUGAUUCGCAUGUGGAGCAUUUGGAUGACAACACACGUCUACGUACAGACCUGAUGGAUCUAAGUCGCAGUUACAAUCAUGAAGGUUGCCCUCUUGGAAACAUGGUCAAUCAGGUUCUAGCAAACCGUCCACGAAUGCGAAGGAGGUACGGACGUCCAGAUCCCGUCACUGAUCGGCUACACAAAAGUGAUACCCAGCAUCCUCAAGAGAUCGAGAAAUCCACUUCUCUUGAUAUGGCAGACCAGAACACUUCAUCUUUGGUUUCUCCCCCCGAGCGGACUGGAGAUAACGAUAAGCCCAGUAUUCAUUUCGGCACGAUCGCAUCGAGCCGUGAUAUCAUUAAAUCAACUACAGUGCGAGACAAAUUAGCGUCAGAGAGGGGAAUUUUAUGUAUUGAGACUGAGCACACUGAGGUUCCUCACUACACUCCAUGCCUUUCUAUCCGCGGCAUCUGCGACUAUGCCGACUCGCAUAAGACCAAAGACUGGCAAGGAUAUGCUGCUAUGGUUGCCUGUGCCUACGCCAAAGAAGCUCUCAGCUGCGACACUAUUUCCGCAAUAGUGGCAUCAGGUACCAAAUCCCAGCGGUUUUCCAGCGUGCCAUCUAGAGGCUGGGGUACUCCAAUUGACCAAGAUGCGCACAAGUACUCGAUUUACUCCAAAUAA